CAUCUGAGAUUGUGCCGAGUUUGGUUUCCUUCCGAAGACGAGAACACGCGCAAGAGAUUCGCGGAAGGCCGGGAUGACGCUCACGCCUUCCUGCUGAGCGCCACCCCUGCUGAUCUGCAAGGAGAGACGUCUUCAAGGCCCUGCCCCAGACGCCAAAGGGGGAACCUGCAGAAGAUUUGGGAAAAUUGGUCGUUCCAAGCGUUCAGCAAGAUGGCCACCACCAAAGUGCCCAUCUACCUGAAGCGAGGAAGCCGCCGGGGGAAGAAGGAGAAACUGCGAGACAUUCUCUCUUCCGAAAUGAUCAGCCCGCCUCUGGGAGAUUUUCGGCACACGAUCCACAUCGGGAGUCGGGGGGAGAAUGACGUGUUUGGAGACAUUUCCUUCCUCCAAGGGAAGUUUCAUCUCCUGCCCAGGUCGGAGAACGCAGAUCCCGACGGGAACCCCGAUGGGAACAGGCGCUACGUGGUGCCUUUUGAGUUCUCGCGGACUUCGACGAUCUCGGGAUACGACUCUGAGUCGUCGGACAUCCCGUCGCCGCUCCUCAAGAAUGCCAUUUCUUUGCCCAUCAUUGGUGGCCUCCAGGCUCUGACCUUGCCUUCCGCCCAGGCCCCACCCAAGCCACCCCGUCUCCACCUGGAGGACAGAGACCACGCUGCUACUCAGACAGAGGUCCACGCCCAACCUCUGCCCAACAAUGGUUGGACUUCCAGCCACGAAGCCCCAGCCCCUCUGAACGGCUUUGCCGAGGGGGGGGGGAAAGAUGAGCCUUUCUUAUCCCAUGCUGGGUCCCUGCUCUCUCUUCACGUGGACUUGGGCCCCUCAAUUUUGGAUGACGUUCUGGGCGUGAUGGAGAAGCACCAGAUGGAGAAGGUGGACUUGCGGGACUCUGGCAGGCAGGAGAUUCUGACAUGAUGAGGGGCCGUCUGCUGGAAGGACUCCUAAAACGGGGCACUUUGUGGAAGAGGGGGUGUGUUGUUGUGGACUGGGCUGCGCGAAGUGGAUGUUUGGGGUGUGGGUGUGUGUGCGCGCGGAGAGCGGUUCAGCUUAUGCAAGGAACAAUUGCCUUCCAACCUCAGGCUUUUUAAUUAAUUUAAUUAACAGCUUUUCUUUCUUUCGUGCAUUAUGCAGCAGUAAACAGUCUUCCGAUUAUGAAGCUUCC